CUUUCAUCAUUCAUGUCUAGUCGUUUAACAGACUUCACGCAGUGGGACCCUCAAUAUCAACAUUCGCAACAUUACACAUACGCAAAUUCUUUCAAGAUGUCGUACAACCAUCAACCACGUCAUGCGCCUUCAUUGAAUAUUGCAGCUGCGGCUGCAGAAGCAACGCAAGGAUCUGAUCUACCUGUUGGGAACAUGACAAACACUUCAUCAGGCCAAUAUCAUUCUGUCCAACCUCAAACGCAAGUCAAUGGACCAUCAUACAACUUGCCAUUUUCCAAUAAUUCGAUGCAAUACAUGUCCGGAUCUCCUUUGUAUUCCAACUCGAACAAUCAUCCUUUGAGCGCUGGUGCAAGUUCUCAUGGUGGCUUUCACAACGGUCGUCAUAGUGAUUUCAAUAAUGGCUCUACUAUGUCAAUGAGUGCUUCAUCAAUGCAAACUUCGUAUGAUUUCCAUCAUCAAGGUAGCUUACAGUCCCCAAGCCAUUCGGAUCUAAUCUCUUCUCAUCCAUUUGAUAAUCCUGGCAUGUUUCCGGUGAAGGCUAAAAGGAAACAAGUAAAAAAUGCUUGCGUCAAUUGUCAAAAAGCAUGCAAGAGAUGCGAUGAAGGAAGACCAUGCUCACGUUGUAUAAAAUACGGCUUGACGGCUACUUGUAUGGACAGUGCCCGUAAAGAGCGAAAGAGAGGAAUCAAAAGGGGACCUUAUAAAAGAAGAGCAACAACUGGAUCUCAACCAACGGGAACGAAUUGGGGCAAUCAUUCUUAUCUGCAUUCUUCUUCAUCCUCAAUGAUGCUAGGACACGGGAAUGGAUACAGCACUUCUCCUCAUCAUCAUCACAAUCAUCAUCAUGGAAUGGCCUUGCAUUCUGCUCCUCUUUAUUCAACAACGCAGCCAAUGCGUUCUAAUUUGAACGAAGGACAGACAUCUUUCAAUGACGUUUCACGUUCACCGAUCGACCAUUUACCGCACGGUUCUACUGAUUCAUUGAUCAAUAAUACAUCUGCUCCUGCAACUGUACAAAGGCCAACGAUUCCUUUAAAUUCAUUAUCGUAUGAUACAGCUUCAAGUACUUCUCCUUCUAUGUAUGGAAGAGAACACAAUCCAUCCAACGGCUUUUUAAACGCAAGCUCAAAUCAUCAUCGUUUGCACAACAGCGAAAAUGGAUUAGCUAUCCUUUCAAACGGAUCGACGGCUACAACAUCCUCUAUCUUAUCACCAAGAACACCGAAUGGAUCUAGUGAAACGGGAAACAAUGUUGUGGGAGAAUAUCACCUUACGAGUACAUCACCUGGAGGACAGCAAAAGAUGAAUGGAAACAAUACCACAACUUCUUCGUUGACAAAUCUUACUACGGGUGCUUUUCUCAAUCCGAUGAACCAAUCCGGUAAUUCAACUUUUCCACUUCAUUUACCACAAGCUGCACGUUUACGUGGAAUGAAUAACGGAUCAACUCCUUUGCCUUUGAACGCAUUUGCGAAUGAGAAGAGUUCGAUCAACAACUUCGAUUCUCGUCCACGUUACAAUAAUAGUUAUAGUCAUGACGAAUCAUGCACACCGGUAAACGCAAACCAUAACAAUAACGAAGUGGAAGGUUUUGAAGUUGAUCGUGCUUCGCAAUAUUUACCUAGAAAGCGCUUUGUUGCUUCCAGUCCAAUCGUUCGUCCAUUGUUGUAACAAUACCAGUUCCUUUUUCAUAUAUCUGUUUGCCAUUCUUUCUCUUAAUUCCUGUAAUUUGUACAUCUAUCUCUGUUUUGUCAAAUGAUAGUGUGUUCUUAUUGAAAGAUUACCUAAAGGACGAAAGUCUGAGUAGAGUGAUUGAUUCUG